CAAAGUUGGUAAAAGACUUCUUCAAAGAUUAUCUCCAAUGAGUGUCAAUGACACAGAUCCUUAUGAAUUCAAGGAUUCUACUCUAAAAUCAGGGCAAAACCAACAAUUACCAAAAACCAAAAGCAGGAAUCUUAGGAACACAAAAAAAAGGAGACAUAAGAAAAGGACCUUAACCAAUCGAAAUCAUGCACAAAUAGUUAUGUCACAUGAAUUAGAUUUAAAGACUUUGGUAGCCAGAAAAUCUGAACAAUUGAGAUUGGGAAUAAACUGUGCCAGCGGGGACAAAAUCAAACUUGCAAACUUUGGAAAAGAUCAAUCUUGUACAAAUUCUACAUUUCCUCAACAGCAAUUGUCAUUGAAAAGUAACCGAAGUGUCCAAGUGUGUGACUCAGAUCACUAUCAUCACUGUGGUGUAGCAGAUCAUUCUAGCAUCAUGUGCCACAAGGACCGCGGGUCAUUUUCUCAUUAUAAAGAAAAGCAGCGAAAUUCCUAUUCAAAGUGUCACCAAUUAGCUAAGUCUCAGGGAGAG